GGGAGGGUGGUGGGGGGAAGAGAGGUGUGCGGAAAAAGGUUGCCCCUCGCACCGAGGUGCCAGUUUUGAUGUGAAGGCCUCGGAGUUUCCGCAUAUAAAGAUGCGUCUCCCCUCUGUGGUAUCCUCGCCUCGCCCACUUCACACCGUCGUCCACCGUUUCUGAGCUUGUAAAGCUUCGAUCUUCCGGGAAAGCCAUGCAGUAGUGAGAAGCGGAGAUUUGUUUUCUUGUUCUGUGCCUUUCUUUUCCCUGUGUUCUUUAUUCUGUUGGGGUCGGUUUGAUGGUGUAGGAAAGGGGAAGGGAGAGGGGGGGAGAACGAGGUGCUAGCGAUCUUUGCUUGGCUUCCUUCUCUUUCUUUCUGCCCUUUGAUUAGGUGACGGAGAGGGAGUUGGAGGCAUACAUAGUUCAUACCACGGUCUAUGCUUCUGCCUCCACUGGCCUGUCUUCCAUCUUUCUUUACUUAAAUCAUUUUUUUGUUUCUCCUUUUUUUCUUUUUCUUUGUUGUGGAGAUACUGUUAAACGCCUCGCAUAGAUCGAGUAAAGUUGUGCACUCAUUAGAUCUGGUGCUGCCGUCACUGCUCCUCGGAGGAAGGGAAGGCGCCGUUGAACGGAAAGAAGCGACGUUGAAAAGACGGGGAGAUCUUUGAUGACUUUUGGGGGUUUGUUCGACGACGGUUCCGGAGGCGGCGUUGCCCGUCUGGUCGCCGACAUAGCGUACGGCGGCACCGCCGACUCCGUGUCGCACCCACGGCGCCUUGUUUCGCCUUCGCUCCACGAGUCCAUGUUCGCCUCCCCUGGCCUCUCCCUCGCCCUGCAAACCAACUUGGGGGCGCACGGGGAACGGAACUUGGCUCGUGUCGGAGGAGUUGGAGGAGAGCUGGAUUCGGUUCGUCGGAGCAAGGAAGAUGAGAACGAGAGUAGAGCGGGCAGUGAUAACUUUGAAGGUGGAUCUGGAGACGAUCUGGAACAGGAGCAUCCUCGCAAGAGGAAGAGAUACCACCGCCACACCCCUCAGCAGAUCCAAGAACUGGAAGCUCUCUUCAAGGAAUGCCCUCAUCCGGAUGAUAAGCAAAGGAUGGAGCUCAGCAAUCGGCUUUGCUUGGAGGCCCGCCAGGUCAAGUUCUGGUUUCAGAACCGACGAACCCAGAUGAAGACCCACCUGGAACGGCACGAGAACACAAUCCUUAGGCAGGAGAACGAUAAGCUUAGGGCGGAGAACCUAUCCAUCCGGGAUGCCAUGAGGAACCCCAUAUGCUGCAACUGCGGGAGCCCCGCAGUGCUCGGCGAGAUCUCCCUCGAGGAGCAGCACCUGAGAAUCGAGAAUGCUCGCCUCAAGGAUGAGCUCGACCGUGUUUGUGCCCUCGCUGGAAAGUUCCUCGGCAAGCCUGCGUCCCCCUUGGCCAGUCCGCUCCCUCUUCCGAUGCUGCCAAACUCGUCCUUGGAGCUCGCGGUCGGAACAAAUGGUUUUGCCGGCCUUGGUUCGGUGGCUACGUCGACUUUGCCUCCGUUUACUGAUUUCACUCCCGCGGCGUCAAGCCCCGUCGGCACCUUCGUAACUCCAGCGCAGGUGGUUGGCGCCGGAGCCACCGGCGCGGUGGACAAGGCGCAGGAGAGGUUUGUAUUUUUGGAGCUUGCACUCGCUGCCAUGGAUGAACUGGUGAAGAUGGCCCAGAUGGAGGAGCCACUCUGGAUUCCGGGCUUGGAAGCCGGUAGCGACGCGUUAAACUACGACGAGUAUUACCGGUGCUUUUCCGGGUGCAUCGGGGCAAGGCCUACCGGCUUCGUGUCGGAGGCCACGAGGGAGACGGCCGUGAUCGUCAUCAAUAGCCCGGCUCUCGUCGAGACCCUCAUGGAUGCGGCUCGAUGGGCAGAUAUGUUCCCUUCUGUGAUCGCUAGAACGACGACCACCGACGUGAUAUCCAGCGGCAUGGGCGGGACUAGAAAUGGUGCUCUCCAGCUGAUGCAGGCGGAGCUUCAAGUUCUCUCUCCCCUGGUUCCUGUUCGAGAUGUCAGUUUCCUUAGGUUCUGCAAGCAUCUAAGCGAGGGCGCUUGGGCCGUGGUCGACGUCUCCGUCGAUGGCGUCAGAGACAACCGACCUGCUCCACCUGCUACCGUGAAAUGCCGCAGGCUUCCUUCUGGGUGCGUGGUGCAGGACAUGUCCAAUGGCUAUUCUAAGGUCACGUGGGUCGAGCAUUCUGAGUAUGACGAGGCCACAGUGCACCCGCUGUACCGCCCGCUGCUGCGCUCCGGCUCGGCCCUCGGCGCCCGCCGCUGGGUCGCGUCCCUCCAGCGCCAGUCCCUCGCCGUCCUCGUACCCCCAUCCCUCUCUCCCGGUGGUGAUUCCACGAUAACGCCGAGCGGGCGGCGGAGCAUGCUGAAGCUGGCGCAGCGGAUGACCGACAACUUCUGCGCCGGAGUAUGCGCGUCAUCGGCUCGCGAGUGGAGCAAGCUGGGCGGCGCGAUCAACAUCGGGGAGGACGUGCGGGUGAUGACGAGGCAAAGCGUGGCCGACCCCGGGGUGCCGCCGGGGGUGGUGCUCAGUGCCGCCACCUCGGUCUGGCUCCCGGCCUCCCCGCAGCGCCUGUUCGACUUCCUCCGCAACGAGCAGCUCCGGAGCCAGUGGGACAUCCUCUCCAACGGCGGGCCCAUGCAGGAGAUUGCGCACAUCGCCAAGGGCCAGAACACCGGCAACGCCGUCUCCCUCCUCCGUGCCAGCGCGGCGAACGCAACCCAGAGCAGCAUGCUGAUACUGCAGGAGACCUGCACGGACGCGUCGGGGUCGCUGGUGGUGUACGCCCCGGUGGAUAUACCAGCCAUGCACCUCGUCAUGAGCGGCGGUGACUCUGCCUACGUCUCGCUCCUCCCCUCCGGCUUCGCCAUCCUCCCGGACGGCGGGACGCACAAGGCUCCGGGAUCGCUGCUGACGGUGGCCUUUCAGAUCCUGGUCAACAGUCAGCCGACGGCGAAGCUGACGGUGGAGUCGGUGGAGACCGUCAACAACCUCAUCUCGUGCACCGUUCAGAAGAUAAAGGCGGCACUCCACUGCGAGACUUGAGAGGACGGAGAUCGAAGUGCGACGAGGAGGGGGGGGAGAGUGUCAUGGCUGUGGAUUGAGUCAAGAACGAACCGCGCGAAUAAAGAACCUUUGCUAAGUGAUAAGGAAUAAUGGCCGACUGCAAACCUUGUACGCAGUCCAUCAUCCUCAUCACCGAGCAACGGUGGUGGUUCGGGUAUUGACUCUCUCUCUCUAAAUGCCGUCGCUCGAUCCCAGCCAGAGUUAAUGUCGUGUCAGGUUGCAGCGUUCUCUUCUUUUCCUGUUUGCAUUUGAUUCACCUGUAGAGGACAACGUAAUCUUCUUCCCUGUAUGCAAGUAGACAAAUGCGUAUGUAUUGUUGCGAAGUCUUUUUUGUUGACUUUGUUAUUUACUUCUUUUAAGUUUGAUUUUAGCAUAUA